AAAAGGGGCAGUUUGAACAUUACCAAAAAAAAAAAAAAAUCACAACUGGGGAUCUUGCUGCCGUAGCUUGCUUGCUCCUUGUGACAUUGAGGUUGAGGAGCAUCACGGGAUAGGCUUUGAGGCCUGCAGGUCAUACUCUGACUUUGAACGCAGGUUGCGCCUUUGGACUUUCGCCUUUCUCCUGGUAUGAGCUCGAUUUCCCUUCGCCUGGCGGCUUCAACUGCCCUCUUAAUCGCUCGUUCCCCAUAUCCAAUGGUUGAGGAAGGCAAGCUCCCCGUACCCAUCUUUCUUGCAAUUAGCUGUACCUCGCGUCUUCUCCCUUCUCCGAGUUGCUUUCGACCUCGACCCACGAAGGCACUGAACGUUGAGAAACUCCGGCGGAAGAGCGAGCCAUCGUUAGCCAACCCCGCCGGAGUUCUCGUCGGAGUUUUCCGUUUCGUAGUAGCCGUUCUUGGGCCGACCGGAACCGGAGAAAAUGGCCACGCCAGCGGACAUCCUCUGUACUCUGUUUUCGGGCUGUACCGCCUGUACCUCUCACAUAACUAUUACUUUUUUGGGCUUAAAUAGCGUAGACGGCGGCCCAACAAAGUUGUGUGGGCUCAGGUCCAAUACAAGACAAUACAGGUCUGGCCUGCCUCUAGUUUUUGGUUUAUUCAUUUCUUUGUAGGCAAACAGACCUUCUCGCCGUUUCUAGGUGUUCAAGCGUCUUCUCACGAGCAUCGAGGCAUUGCUGGAAAGAGGGUAUUAGAGGAGCAGUAGAGCUUGAGAAAGAAAUCUACACCAAACAUGGAAAUUUACAGCAAUACCGGUAGCGUUGGUAAUGAACAAAGCCAACAAAUUGUUGAUGUGCGCUCGGUGGUCGAAGCUAUCUCCAUCGACGGCAAUACCGACACCCCUCUCUAUCAGGUUGAAAGUCUCUGCAUGCGCUGCGGCGAGAAUGGAAUAACAAGGUUUUUAUUGACUUUGAUUCCACACUUUAGAAAGGUCUUGUUGUCAGCCUUUGAAUGUCCUCACUGUGGCGAGAGAAACAAUGAAGUUCAGUUUGCUGGUGAACUCCAACCUCGAGGCUGUUGUUAUCAUUUGGAAAUCCACUCGGGCGACCCUAAGCUUCUUAAUCGACAAGUUGUAAAAUCUGAAUCAGCCACUAUCAAGAUUCCUGAACUGGAUUUCGAGAUUCCUCCAGAGGCACAGCGUGGCAGUUUGUCAACAGUUGAGGGGAUAUUGGUAAGAGCUGCUGAUGAGUUACAGGCUCUUCAGGAAGAGCGUAAGAAAGUAGAUCCUCAGACAGCCGAAGCAAUAGACCAAUUUUUGUUGAAACUACGAUCUUGUGCGACGGGAAAUUCAUCCUUCACCUUUAUCCUGGAUGAUCCUGCUGGAAACAGCUUCAUUGAGAAUCUGUAUGCUCCUUCCCCGGAUCCAUCAUUGAGUAUUAAGUUCUAUGAACGAACUCCAGAGCAACAAGCUGCAUUGGGUUAUCUCGUUGGCUCAUCACAGGUGCAAGAACCUAGUGAUGGGCCACCGGCAGAGGUCUCAAGUAGCACUGUGGAUCAAACAGGGGCUCCACAUGGAUCAGUUGGAGCCACAGCUGGCCAUCGGGCCAUUGCUCAGAGCAACAGUGCAGAAAUUGCCGAAGCUUUGUUUCGUUACUCUGCGCCAGAAGAGGUGAUGACUUUUCCUUCAACAUGCGGAGGAGCUUGUGGUGCUAGAUGUGAGACACGAAUGUUCGUCACAAAUAUUCCAUAUUUCCAAGAAGUGAUUGUCAUGGCGUCCACUUGUGAUGCUUGUGGCUACCGCAAUUCUGAGUUGAAGCCUGGUGGACCAAUUCCUGAAAAGGGAAAGAGAAUCACUCUAUGUGUGAAGAACGUUAAUGACCUAAGUCGUGAUGUGAUAAAGUCAGAUACUGCUAGUGUUGAAAUCCCAGAACUUGACUUGGAGUUGGCUAGUGGCACUUUAGGAGGAGUUGUCACAACAGUUGAAGGUUUGAUUACAAAGAUUAGUGAAAGCCUUGAGAGGGUGCAUGGAUUUACUUUCGGAGACAGUCUUGAGGAAGAUAAAAAAAGCAAGUGGCUAGACUUCGAAGCCAGGCUAAGCAAGCUUUUAAGCGUGGAAGAAUCAUGGACACUAAUUCUUGACGAUGCAUUAGCAAAUUCUUUUAUUGCACCCUCAUGUGAUGAUAUCAAAGACGACUAUCAGUUAAAAUUUGAGGAAUAUGAGAGGUCCUGGGAACAGAACGAAGAACUGGGACUAAAUGAUAUCGACACUUCUUCCGCAGAUGCUGCUUACAAUACUGGAGCAUAAACACAUUUCUUGGUGUUCUCUUUGCAACUUUUCUGAGGAAACCUAACUUAUAUGGUAUCUCUGUUGUAACUUCCAGUCUUUGAUCCUUUGCUUGCAUCAUGAUUUUGCACACAGACUUUAGAAAGCAGGACAUGUGAAAUUCUUUUUGCUAAUUAUACCAGAACUUUAGUUGUGCAUCA